AUGAAUGCAAAUACUAAUGAGAAGAUGGAUGAAGAAAAUGAGAUCAACAAGGGGGAAAUAAUAAGAGACACCAUAAAGAAGAAGUACUAUAUGUUCCCUCAGUUUUCCGAUAAAAAUAAAGAAGUAGAAUACAACACACUAAGGACACAUAACAUUAAAGAAUAUAUAUGCAUUCAUUUAAUAUUAUCUCUUUUAGUCAUUCUGAUUGAAUGUCUCGCCUUUUCCUCUAACUUAAGCAAAAAAGAUGUGACUGCUAUGGAAAUAUUUGUAGUUGCUUUUUCCCUUUUGAAUUGUUUAAUGCAUAUUGUCGUGUUAAUGAAAAUAUACUUUUCUUCGUCAAAAAAUGCGUAUGCUAAAAGUCUGUUUGUAGCUUAUAUAAUUAUAAACCAAGUGUUUCAGUUUCUAUCUCUCUACUUUUUUACAAAAGAAAAUGAACAAACUAGUAGUGGUGUCAAUUCAAUUGCGUUCUAUAAUAACAAAUUUAGUUUAUAUCUUCACUUUUUUGUGGACUCGGUCUUCAUACUAUGUCUCCCCACCCUCAAAUUUUUUUUAUCGAUGAUAUUUAUGCUGACAUACUUAAGUACAAACGUUUUGCUAAUAGUACUAAUUAAUUUUAGAAAUGCAAAAAAUACAGUAGACUUCUACUAUAUGGGCAUUCUAAGUGUGUUGUUGUUGAUGUUCUUAAUAUUAAGAUACCUAAUGGAAAAGAGGAACCGAAUAUUAUUAUUUGUAAUUAAGGAUAUUUUAUCAAAUAGUUAUAAAAAAUGGUAUGACUUUAAACCGCUAUAUGAUGAGGAUGCCGAAUCUAUAACUGUAGAUAUAGCUAAAGAUAAAUAUGAUAAAAAAGAAGACAACUACAAAUUUUUAUUUUCUGAUAAGAGUAUAUUUUUCAAUGAUUUUACUAUUAAUGCUUGUUAUAAAGAUUAUUAUUCGGUAUCUUAUUUUCUAAAAAAAUUGUUAAUUAGUUGUGGUAGUAAUAAAAAUAAAAACAAGGAUGUAAAAGAUAUGAAAGAAGAGGAAGACAGGAAAGACGGGAAAGACAGUAAAGAGGGAAAAGAAAAUACAGGUAAGGAGAAGUCAUUUGAAGAUGUUAAAAAACACCUGAACGAGUCAGAUAUUUUAACAAUAGCUUACGAAGCAGACGUUUUAAAUAAUAUCAAAAAUAUCGAUUCAGAUGAAAUAGGAAGAAAUUGGGAUUAUUCUUUUAUUGAUUCAGAAUAUGGAAAAUCUACUUUAGUUGUUUUAGAGGUGGGACACCAUUUAAUCAGUCCUUAUAUAGAGAAUAAUGAGAAGAAAAGAAAGAAAUUACAAUUAUUUUUGUUAUUAAUUAACAGUAUGUAUUUUCCUAACCCUUAUCAUAAUGCAAAUCAUGGAGCUACUGUUUGUCAUUUAUCAAAAUGUUUAGCACACAUUACUGAUUUUGAUAAGUAUUUGAAUAAUACUUAUAUGAUUUGUUACUUAAUAGCUUCAAUAGCACAUGAUGUAGGUCAUCCCGGUAAAACCAAUGCAUUUUUAUCAGAAACGAAUCAUAUAUUAUCUAUCAGAUAUAACGAUAUGAGUAUCUUAGAAAACUACCAUUGUAGCAUAACCUUUUCUGUUUUACAACUAAUAGGAUAUGAUUUUUUAAUUAAUAAUGAAGAUACAAAAUUAGUGGAUAAGAAUAACUAUGGAAAUAUGAGGAAAUUUAUUAUUGAAUUAAUUAUAUCGACUGAUAUGAAAUUACAUUUUGAAUAUGUAGAUAUAUUUAAAAAAAGAAAGAGAAGUGAAAAUUUUGACAUCAGCGAUAGGGAUGCUAUCAAUCUGGGUACAAUAAACAUCAAGUUAGCUGACAUUGGUCAUACAUGUUUGAAAUGGAGGGAUCAUGCUAAGUGGACUAUGCUUGUGAGUGAGGAAUUCUUUUCUCAAAAAAAGUUUGAGGACCUUUAUAAGAAGAAUAAGAAUAUGGGCGCGUACGACUUUAACCAUUUCUGGAAUGAGGAAUAUAUCGACGAAGCCAUGAUUUUCAACUAUGAAAACAUUUAUAUAAAUUAUGUGAACAACCUUAACAAUGUUAAUAAAUACGAUUUUAGUUAUAUCAAAUUAAACUUUAUUCAUCACCAUGAUUUUGUUAAAAGUAUACCAAGCUCACAGGUGUAUUUUUUUGAAAUUAUUGUCAUGCCGUUAAUUCAAGAAUUGCAGUCAAUGGAAAGAGCUAAAAAAGAGAUAACUCAAAUAGUAUUGCACAAUUUAAACAUAAAUUUGAAAACUUGGAGAUUAAUAGAAAAAAAUAUUAAUUUAUUUUAUAAUACAGAUAAAAUGAGAGUUACUGAUUAUUAUAAAAAUUUAGAAAAACAAAAAUUGCUGAGAGGUAUAAGUUUGUUAGAUAUUGCUGAAGAAGAUGUUAUAUCAUUGACAGAAAGUUUCGUCACUGAGGAAAAUAUGGAAAAAAUGGGCGAAGAAAAAAAAAAAGAAAUUAAUAAAGAUAAUUCGGAAAAAAAAAAAAAAUGA